AUGUAUCAGUGGGCAACGUCCCCCAAGACGGACAGUGGAGCCACGGAGGGAGGGGAACGCCUCCAAGAUCACCGUGACACCUACAAAGUCGUCAUGUUUAAUCCGUCGGGGAGCAACUCGCAGGACAUUGGGACUUAA